UCAGUGACGCGUUCACCAUCUUGUGACCGAAUCUUACACACACUAAGCGAGUUUAUGGAUUAUUGGAAGCAUCGGAGGUCCCCGGCACCCAGCGAGGUGUCGGAGGACGGGGAGAGACCAACGAUUCUACCUCCGCCACUAGAUCACACGUUGUCCUCGGAAAAGUCCGGCGAGGCUUCUGCCGAGAUAUACGUUGAGCAUAGGGCCUUCAGGGGCCAGGAUGGCGAUCCAGGACAGGUCUCAUCUCCACCUAAUAAUGUUUCCUUCUCUACACCAGUGAUCACAGCAACGCUUGAAGAAAACCUGCCUGAUAUAGAGGAGACUGAACCGAAUGGCCUUGCUUCCGAAUUAUUCGGAGAACAAUCUCGCCCACCUGUUGCAGCUAUUUGGUCGCAAAUUAUUUUAAACACGACCAAGUCAGAGGUCCGCACAGGUCUUAAAGAAGAAUUACGCAACACCUUCCUUUGAAAUGUUUUGUCGAAUGUAUUUUUGGUCCAACAUCAGCAAAUGCGGCAACCAUCAUGCAGUCAAAUUUCUCAUAUCCUAAUCUUCAUGUAAUAUUUUAAACAUACGUUCAGAAAAUGUGCCUGCGUCAUUUACUAUUAUUCUGACCUUCAAUCUCUGAUCAUUUAGUACGAUAUGAUGCACUUUGCCGACCAUUUCCUGAUUGCAGUUUUUGGGCGAACCGAGCGCUCGUCAUCAGAUAUACUUGUAGGCCAGCCUUAAACUCGGGUAACUCAAUCU